UGGGGACGCACAGGGAGGGGGUCAGCUCUCCUGUCCGCGGAUAUAAGCCGGGGAUUUAGGUGAGGUCUCUCAUCGACGCCAUCACACAUCCACCAUGAGGUCUCUGGUCUUCGUUCUGCUCAUCGGAGCUGCCUUUGCCACGGAGGAGGACAAGAUUGUCGGCGGGUAUGAGUGCACCGCCCACAGCCAGGCCCACCAGGUGUCCCUGAACUCCGGAUACCACUUCUGCGGUGGCUCCCUGGUCAACGAGAACUGGGUUGUGUCCGCCGCUCACUGCUACAAGUCGCGUAUUGAGGUGCGUCUUGGAGAGCACAACCUCAGGGUCAACGAGGGAAGCGAGCAGUACAUCAGCUCCUCUAAAGUCAUCCGCCAUCCCCAAUACAGCUCCUACAACAUCGACAACGACAUCAUGCUGAUCAAGCUGAGCAAGCCCGCCGUCCUCAACCAGUACGUGGUGCCUGUGGCCCUCCCCACCUCCUGCGCCCCCGCCGGCACAAUGUGCAAAGUCACUGGCUGGGGAAACACCAUGAGCUCCUCGGCCGACAGCAACAAGCUGCAGUGCCUGAACGUCCCCAUCCUGUCCACCAAGGACUGUGAUAACUCCUACCCCGGCAUGAUCACUGAUGCCAUGUUCUGCGCUGGAUACCUGGAGGGAGGCAAGGACUCUUGCCAGGGUGACUCCGGUGGACCCGUCGUGUGCAACGGGGAGCUGCAGGGCGUUGUGUCCUGGGGCUACGGAUGUGCUGAGAGAGACCACCCCGGUGUCUACGCCAAGGUCUGCCUCUUCAACAGCUGGCUGGAGAGCACCAUGGCCAGCAACUAAGUCCGAUGCUGCCAUCUCCAUCCGACUCUGGGGCCUUUCUUCCUAAACUCUAACUGCAUUAUUGUGGUUGAGUUUUGAACAAUCUGCUUAUUUUUCCAUCUGAGUCAAUAAAGUCUGAAUGUCUCGACUUCAAAA